AUGGAUGGCUACGACUACAGCUCCGGCGUGUGGCAGUUCGAGGGCUACGGUUACGUCCCCUCCGGCACUACGGGGGUGUCUAUCAUGCAGGUAUUCGGCGCCGGCGAGACAACAACCACGCUCAUGCUGCACGUUUAUGAUGGCGCGCUGCGGUACUAUGAUCGACAGAUUGUAGAGGACGCCAUCUAUGACAGAUGGUUCCGGCUGAACGUGGUCCACGAUGUCGAGGCUUCUACGCUCACUGUGUACAUCAACGGCGAGCAGAAGCUGCAUGUACAUGGUCGUGGAGGCGAUUCUCACUAUUUUAAGUUCGGUGUGUAUGCGCAGAACCACGACUCCAACUGCAUGGAGUCUCGCUGGAAGGACAUCGGGAUCUUCCAAAAACACUAA